CCGACGAAGGGACAGCGUCGCCUAGAGCCGGGCCCUUCGCCGCUCCUGGACGUGCAGCCCUGGGCUUCUGAGCGCUGCCGGACUCGCAGGCCUUGGCAGGUGCAGGGUGAGUCUCACCUCCUGCGCAGCACCCAGAAGUAGAAGAAAAUAAUUUGCUGAGAUGUCAGGUGGGAAUUCUCCACGAAAAACCCUGGAAAUGGAUAGCUUCCACAGGAGGUUCAGCACCUGGACACCUUUUAGCAACAAGUCAUUAAACAGACAGCUCUUUCAGGAAAGAGUUGCCCUUAUAAGUCAUUGGUUUGAACUCUGGACCAACAAGCAGCGCCAAGAAUUCUUAUUCACAAUCUUUCUACAAUGUACUAAAUCACAAUUAAGGUUUGUCCAAGACUGGUUUUCAGAAAGGAAGCAAGUGGCCAGAGUGGAUUUCUCUACCGUGCUACCACGCUUCAUUUCUCUGUAUAUCUUUUCCUUCCUGAAUCCCAAAGAUCUGUGUGCAGCUGCCCAAGUCAGCUGGCCCUGGAAGUUUCUCACUGAACAGGACUGCUUGUGGAUGCCCAAGUGUGUUAAGCUCGGGUGGUUUCUGCCCUACUCUCCGGCGCACAAUGAGUACGGCGCGUGGAAACACCAUUACAUCGCGUGUGUGUCCGACCUAGACUGGCUGACACCCAGGGAGGCCUCCGCUGUCUAUGGGACCCUGAAUGAGCCCAAAACAGAGGAGGAGGAGGUCCAGGAGAGGCAAAGGGAAAAGUGCCUAAGGAAAAUAAUCUGGGGGAAAAUUGCACUCCGGAAGAAGGAGCUGCUCAGAGCUCGCCCGCCUUGGGGCAGCGGAGUGAGCUGCUCCGGGUCGUCCACAUGUAAACAUCAACUGAGCCUCUCUGGGACUCGGAGGGACCCAGCGGGAUUGCGGGGAGCUUUGGAGAAAGAGCUCGUUUUGGCAUCCUUAGAAGUUUUACCCUCGCGAAGCAAUGUUUCUGGAAGCCAUUCCUACUCUUUAUUAUCAAAGAAAAAUUGGCAUGGAGUUCAUAAGAAGGACGACAGCUCUUCAUGUGCUUUCCAGCCACACUUCAUAUUAAUAUCAUCUCGGGUCCCUGCGUAUGAGCUGGUGGUGGACAGUGUCCAGGCCGGGGUCCUCUCGGCCGUGUACGAGCACAGUGGCGGGACCCUGGACGGCUUGCUUCUCCUUGUGGAGAAAGCCCUGCACGGGCGGAAGGCACGGAGUGUGGGGAUAUUUAGCGACGGAGACAGCAGAGAAAUCAAUUUACUCCAAGGCUAUAAAAUUGGUAUUGAAAAUUUACUGAGACCUGAAGUGAGAGACUUCUGGGAGAAAUUAGGAAGCCAUGUGGCCACUGAGGAAGAAGGGGGACACAUCGACCUCUUUGUGCCGCUUGGAGCAUCAGAGGCGGGCGUGGCGGUCCUCUCUCGUCUGUCCCAGCUGACCGGCACGCUCUUCACGGCCCCGGCCGGCGUCGUCACUGGCUCGCACCAACACGUUCUCAGUGAGUGGCUGGGACAGCUGCAGGUCGGGGCUCUGCCUUCUGUCUACUUCAGUGAAUCCAAACUGCAGACCUGGGCCCACUUCGCGGACCUCGUGGAAGAUGCUUUGAAAUCAGUGAGGAAAGAGCUUAGUCCUCUCCUGCAGGAUCUGCAGAAGGGCAUCGGUGCCAGGAUGAUUGGGCAAUUCAUGUUUGACUCCAUGAGCACGGCUGACAUUCUCAAUAACCAAGACACAGCGCAAGCUCUGGUGGAUGGAUUAGAAGAGCUGUCAAAAGAACAUUCUGACAAACCCCUGGAGUUCUUGUCAGAUUUUCUGCUGAAGAAAAGUAAAAAGAGCAAAGAUCAUGAAGGGAAUAUUAUUUUGACAAAAUGUGACCCAAAAGAAACUCUCAGUUUACUCACGAAGAAAGGAGAUGUGAUAGAAGACAAUUCUCGGGACACCAAGUGGAGUCUGAGCCACGGCGAUCUCCAUUCGGAGGGGCUGGCCAAGCUGGAGAGGCGGGCUGCGGUGGUCCGGGAACUCUGGCAGAGUGAGAGGAAGUAUGUGCAGAUGCUGCAGACGGUGAGAGACGUCUAUGCCGCCCCGCUGAGAGCGGCGCUGUCCUCAAACAGAGCGAUUCUGAGCGCUGCAAACAUCGAGAUCAUUUUCUCCGAUAUUCUGCGGAUUUUAAGUCUGAACAGGAAGUUUCUGAGUAACCUGGGAGACAGACUGCAGGAAUGGGGCCCGGCCCAGUGUGUGGGGGAAAUAUUUAUCAAGUUUGGGAGCCAGCUGAAUACAUACACCAAUUUCUUCAACAAUUAUCCCGUUGUGCUGAGAACUAUUGAGAAGUGCAGAGAGAUGACACCGGCCUUCCGAGCUUUCCUGAAGAGACACGAUAAGACGAUUGCCACCCACAUGCUGAGCCUGCCGGAGCUGCUGCUGUGCCCGUCCCGGAGAUUUGAAGAGUACAUUCAUCUUCUCUGUGCUCUGAGGGUUCACACUCCCACAGAACAUGCUGGUCGUGGUGACCUGACCGCUGCAAUUGACCAAAUGAAAACAUAUAAAGGGUAUAUAGAUCAGCUGAAGGAAACCGUCACUAUGAAAGAGCGGCUGUCAGAUAUACAGAGACUCAUCUGCGGGUGCCCUACUCUAUCAGAAGCAAACAGAUAUCUGAUUAGGGUCCAAGAUGUAGUCCAGCUUCGCUGCUGUGAUGAGGAGAUACAUUUCUCUCUAAGACUCUAUGAACAAAUCCGGGAUCUCACUCUCUUCCUCUUCAACGAUGCGCUGCUUGUUUCUAGCAGGGGCACAUCUCAUACUCCAUUUGAAAGGACUUCAAAAACAACCUACCAGUUCACUGCUUCAAUGGCCCUUCACAGGUUACGAAUAGAGGAUAUCCCAGAUUCCAAGUAUGUCAAGAAUGCAUUUAUUCUUCAAGGUCCAAAACAUGAAUGGAUCUGUGCUACUGAAGGGGAGGACAACAAAUUCCUAUGGUUGUCAAUACUCCAAAAAGCAAUCAGAAGCAGCGUGGAGAAGUGAGAUGGGACUGGAGGAAAAGAUCAGCUGUGCCGACUCUCGCUGACCAAAGCAGACAACACGUAUUGUGUCCUAGAACGUCCAGUGAGAAGCAGAAUGACUGUAUCGUGGAUGACAGGAUAAACUAGGAUAGACCAUAAGGUUUAAACUUUAUCAAUCUGGAUAAGAAAAUGGAGAAGGUAUAUGAACCAUGGGUCUAAAAUUUUGAACCACUAUUUUUGGUAGCUAUUUUUCAUGGAUAAUAUUUAAAAUAAUUUGAUGUGAUGAAUUCUAGGACA